AUGCUCUUCAAACAGAUUAUUUACGUGGCGGCGCUCUCCGCGGUUGCUCACGCCCAGAGAAAUAACAACAAUAAUAACAAGGGGGGUCAAGGAGGAAACAAUAACAACGGUGCCGACGCUGCUGCAAAUCAAGAUGCAACCGGAACUACUCUGACCGCGGACGCCGUUCAGAGCGGCUCAUUCGUGGAUGGGCUUAAUGGAGACGCGGGGCAGGCCGCAUCAAAGACAUCUAAGAACAAUUUCAUCAACAACUGCGCCGGCAAGACAUUGACUAAUGGCCUUCAAGUUACCGGCGGGUCAUGUAACGGUAUCACCAUGGGAGAUAUUCCAGCCAAGGCCAACAUGGUUUCCUCAGUCAUCAUCAACCCAGAAACUAAUGGCAAGGCGAUCGCCGCAAAUCAAGAUUUCGAUAUUGUGGUGCAAAUGGCAAACCUUGUCGCUGGUUCUUUCACGAACGCAGACUCCACAUACUACGCAGCACCUCAAGCUUUACAGGGCGGAAAGGUUGUUGGCCACACCCACGUCACCGUUCAGGAUUUGGGGAAAUCCUUGAAUCCUCAGAAAGCUCUUGAUGCUACCCAGUUUGCCUUCUUCAAGGGUAUCAAUGAUGCCGGGAACGGCAAUGGGCUUCUCACAGCCAGUGUUACUGGUGGCCUUCCAGCAGGAAACUACCGUGUCUGUACCAUGGCUUCGUCUUCCAAUCAUCAGCCUGUUCUCAUGCCCGUUGCUCAACGUGGUACUCCUGAUGACUGCACCAAGUUUGUUGUUGGCGGCGGCGGCGGUGGUGGUAACAACAACAACGGUGCCAAAGCUGCUGCCAACAAUGGUGCCAACGCCAAAGGGGCCAAUAACAAAGCUGCCAAUGGUGCCAACGGAGCCGCUGCUACUGGAGCAAAUGAUGCCAACGGAGCCGCUGCCACUGGAGCAAAUGAUGCCAACGGAGCCGCUGCCACUGGAGCCACCGGAGCCAAGGCAACCGGUGCCAAUGGUGCUAAUGGUGCUAAUGGUGCUAAUCGCAAGGCAGGAAAGGGAGGCGGCGGCGGCGGCAAGCGACGGUUCUGCGUCCUCGCAGGUACUGAAUGCCCAAGCUAUGGUAACACGAUGAUCGACCCGUCCCUCCGCCUCCGCCGAGCCAUCCACGCCAGCGACCCCCUCCUCGUCCGCCGCAUCCUCAAAUCCCACCCAAACCUCCUCCACAAUCCAGAUGUCUCCCCUACCGGCCUCUCCAACACCUCUCUUCACCUGGCCUCUUCCGCCUCCCUCGGCUACCUCCCCAUUGUCCGAGUCCUCCUCAAUCUCGGCCAUGAACAAGAUGGCAUCUCCCUAAACGAAGACCACCAGACUCCCCUGAUGCUCGCCGCCGCAGCAGGACACACAGAAAUCGUCCACCUGCUCUGCACAACAUGUCCCCAAUCCAUACCAAAGCGGGACAUCCACGGACGCGAUGCAGUGAUGGAAGCAUCGCGCGGGGGCCACGAUACGUGUCUACAGAUCCUACUUACAUUUGCACCCGACGGGAAUCCUGACGAGCUGCUAAAGAAUGCGGAUGUGGAUGGGAAUACGGCACUACAUUUUGCGAGCAGCAAUGGGCAUUUGCUCGUGCUUAGGACGCUGCUUGCGGCCGGUGCGGAUGCUGACCGGCGAAAUAUAUGGAGUUGGACACCUGUUGCGUAUAGUGCUACGGUGCAGGCCGAGGUUUACUUCAAGGGGCUUGUCGCGGAGGUUGAGAGGAGGAAGGCUGUUCGGAGGGAGGCCCAGGAGCGCGGGACUGGCGCUGGAGUGAGACUGGUGGGCGAAGUGGAAGAUUGA